GAAAGUGCGUCAAGACUAUAAAUAUCUUCCAUUUUGCAAAGUGUGUCUUUACAUAUUAUACGCACUACAGUUUUAUAUGACUCUGUGUACAGCUAUCUCAGGGCGUAGUACUACCGAGAUAAUACCGCACUGCUUUCUACUAAUGCCUUUUUAAGGGAAGAAAAUAGCAGAACUAUUACUGGUAAAUUUGACCCGACUCCAACAUGGCCGAACCACCAGUCUACACUCCCCCUGAACAACAGACUACCGCCGACCCACCUCCCGGAGUAUAUCCACAAGGUCAACCGGCAGCAAAUCCGCAGGGCCACCCGGUAGCAUAUCAACAGGGCCAACCGGUAGCUUAUCCGCAGGGCCAACCGGGAGCAUAUCAACAAGGUCAACCGGUAGCUUAUCCACAGGGCCAACCGGUAGCAUAUCAACAAGGUCAACCGGGAACAUAUCCGCAAGGCCAACCGGUAGCAUAUCAACAAGGUCAACCGGUAGCAUAUCCGCAGGGCCAACCGGUAGCAUAUCCACAGGGUCAACCAGUAGCUUAUCCGCAAGGCCAACCAGGGGUAGUGUAUCCGCCAGGUCAGCAGGUCGUCAUCACUCAAGGGGGCGCCACCCAUGUGUACCAAACUGGCAGCAGUUCGGGUGGUUGGAACGAUACAUCCGAACAUUACAACCAAAACGCCGGCUUUGCUACGGGGAUAGUGCAUCUGAUCGUAGCUAUCCUAUCCGUCAUUCUCGGCGGGGUUGCAUACGCGUUUCCAGCAGUGUAUCAGGUCGGCUAUGGAAUCUGGUCUGCCUUCAUUUUCUAUAUCCCUACAGGAAUCUUAGGGAUCGUUAGCAAGAAGAAGAACUCGUGCGUGAUCAUCGCAUACAUGGUCAUGGCAAUCCUGUGUACUUUCCAUGCUUUCGGGAUGCUGGCAUAUGAAUCAUUUGUAGCCGCAGUGAUGACCUACUUUGGGUCUUGUUACCGACGGUACACUGGUUUCAGCUACGAGUAUAUCUGUGCACAUUAUCGUAAUGUGGGUGCCGUUUGCGUUCACUCCAUACUCGCUAUCAUCGGCUUGGUCGAGUUCAUUAACUGUAUCGUGUCUGCUGUCUACUGCUGUGGGGGACACUCCUGCUGCUGUGCCAAAGCCCCUACCAACCAGGGCAAUGCCAAUACUGCUACCACGGUGCAGUAUUAUGGCCAGGCACAGCCAAUGACAGUAGCGGCUAAUACAUAUGCAACGGGUCAAGAAAGCGGAAAAUAGAUGUCUGAAUACUGAUCAAUGACAUCAUGAUGAGGUGACAUCCAGUAUCUACACUCAGAAGAAUCCAAAACCACACCUUACUUCAAGAUGUUGGCACUGAUCGACAUAUUUACUGAAGAAUGUAUCAACGAAAAAAUUGAUAUGUUACACAUGUUUGUUCAGCUUCAAGUUAAUAUAGGGAUGCAUUUUACAUACUUAGAUUUGUCAUAAAGCAUGCCGGCCACCCCCCUAGGGAUUUGCCAACAAGAAUAAUAAACAAAUAAUAUCCAGGUUUCGUGAAUUACCAUCAUAGUCAAAGCGAUCCCAAAGCUAGGCAAGCCUGCUAAUUCGGCGGGAUGAAAGCUAACGGUGCCAAAACAAUUAAGUACACUAAUUAAGAUUUUUUAUCAUCUUCAAAAGAACUUGAAAGACAUUGCAGCUUCAUAGACAGGUUGACUAAUGGUAUUAUUUUAACUCUCAUAUUUUCUUGACAAGACAGUAUAAUGUUUCUGAAAUGUCACUGUAGGGGCCUUUUAAUACAUAUCUGUACAACAUCAUGUAUAUUUUUGAAAACAGUAUGAUUGAUAAAACACUUGUAAAGAUUAUAUUCCACUAAUCCUAAAUAUUUUUCAAAUGUAAUCAUAUAUUAUAAACAAAAACGAA